AUGAGCGCAGCAGCGAUUUUACAAAAGGAGCUAAAAGAGCUCACCAAAUCUCAGCCAUCGUUUCGGAUCCAGCUGGAUUCGGAUAACAUCUUCCUAUGGGAUAUUGGCAUGUACAUCCCUAAUCCGAACUCCAAAUACAACGGCGCGUACCUUAAAUGCCAAAUGCGUUUCCCUAGUAAUUAUCCAUUUUCGCCGCCAGCAUUCAGAUUCACGCCACCAAUCUUCCAUCCCAAUGUUUAUAAAGAUGGUCGGGUUUGCAUUUCCAUUUUGCAUGAGGCCGGUGACGCAUUCAGCGGAGAACCUUCUAACGAGACAUGGAGCCCUGCUCAGUGCGUUGAAUCAGUUCUUGUUUCGAUUAUCUCGCUACUUGACGAUCCAAACAUCAACUCUCCUGCUAAUGUGGACGCCAGCAAAUUGUUCAGAGAUCACAAAGAAGACUACUACAACAUGGUUGCCAAAGAUGUCGAGCGGUCCAAAAAGGACAUCCCUCACGACUUUGAGAUUCCCGACGCCACCUCACGUUCAGAGGCCGACGAGUACGAAGACGAAUGGUUCUAUCAAGACGAUGAUGAGGACGACGACGAGAUCGACGAGGACGACCAGAGCUUCAUCGACGACGAGGAGGUGGAAAUGAGCGAAGACUACGGAGAGGACACGUCCAAAUAG